GACCUCUGCUCUGUGUUUACAUUGUUUUUUAUCGUGCUAAUGUGUUUUAUCACUGCGGUUUUGUUGUAAAUGUCAGAAGAGAAAACACACACGGCAGCUCGUGGAGGAGCACAGACACUGAGUUGGAUAGGUUGAGUCUAGACGGUUCUCAUGUGCUGUGUAAACGCGCCGCGCGCUCUGCUGUUCCUCAUUGAUCUCGUGCUGAGUUCGUGAGAAUACAGAACCGCUUAGAGAAAUGGCUGAAACCGCUCCAGCUGCUGCCGCGCCGCCGGCCAAAGCACCCAAAAAGAAAUCCGCUGCAAAAGCCAAGAAAACUGGACCAAGCGUCGGUGACCUCAUCGUCAAAGCUGUCUCGGCUUCCAAGGAGAGGAGCGGCGUCUCUCUCGCCGCCCUGAAGAAAGCGCUCGCCGCCGGUGGCUACGAUGUGGAGAAGAAAAACGCUCGCGUCAAGAUCGCCAUCAAGAACCUCGUGACUAAAGGCACUCUGGUCCAGACCAAAGGAACCGGCGCUUCCGGGUCUUUUAAACUGAACAAACAGCAAGCAGAGACCAAGAAGAAGACUGCAAAGAAAGCCGCUCCUAAAGCAAAGAAGCCCGCAGCCAAGAAACCCGCCGCUGCCAAGAAGCCCAAGACUGCAGCGACAAAGAAGACGAGACACCCCUCGCUGCAG